AUGGAGCGCAACGGAUUCGGAGCCUCUGGUAACGGAUUCGGAGCCUCGGGUAGCGGAUUCGGAGGAUCAAGCAACGGCUAUGGCUACGGACAGGACGACGAAGUAGCGGCUCUGGCCGAGAGCAUUCCCGGGGGCGGCGUCCCCGCUGAGAGCUUCUACUCCGUCAACGAGCUCAUCGGAGUCGUUCCCGACGCCGGAUACGCCUAUGGCGCUGCCGUUAAUGGCAACGGUGCCAAUGGCAACGGAGUAAACGGUAGUGGAAGCAACGGUUAUGGCUCUAACGGUAAUGGAAUCGCUGGCAACGGAAACGGUAGCGGUUCCAAAGUUAACGGUAUCAAUGGCAACGGAAGUAACGGAAGUAACUCUAAUGGUAACGGAAUCAGUGGCAACGGUAACGGUAGCGGUUCCAACGGCGUGAGCAACGUGCCUCAUGAUGCAUACGAAUUAAUCGUCGGCAACUGCUAUUUUACUCUUAUCUCUAAGAUUGCAUUAAUCCAGGGUCGAAUCCAGAAGGGGAAGAAGUAUGAUCAUGCUUGCAAAUGCGACAAGAUUUCUGCGAAUAACGAAAGGCAGAUCAUAAGGCGGAUUCGGAGCAACGGAUUCGGAGCCGCCGGCAACGGACCAAGCAACGGCUAUGGCUACGGACAGGACGACGAAGUAGCGGCUCUGGCCGAGAGCAUUCCCGGGGGCGGCGUCCCCGGCGAGGACUACCCCAUCUUGGCUUCCGUGCCCGACACCGGCUUCUCCUGCGAUGCCCAGGCGGUGCAAGGUUAUUACGCCGACACUGCAGCUGAAGCCGGCUGCCAGGUGUUCCAUAUCUGCCAGGACCGCGCCCUCAGGCGCCAACAGGACUCCUUCCUGUGCCCCAACGGUACCAUCUUCAACCAGCAGUACCUGGUAUGUGACUGGUGGUUCAACGUGGACUGUUCUCAAGCUGAGAGCUUCUACUCCGUCAACGAGCUCAUCGGAGUCGUUCCCGACGCCGGAUACGCCUAUGGCGCUGCCGUUAAUGGCAACGGCAACGGCUCCAACGGCAGGAAUGGCAACGGAGCCAACGGCAACGGCAGAAAGAAUGGAAACGGGGCCAAUGGCAACGGAGUAAACGGUAGUGGAAGCAACGGUUAUGGCUCUAACGGUAACGGAAUCGCUGGCAACGGCAACGGUAGCGGUUCCAAUGGCAACGGUGUUAAUGGCAACGGAAGCAACGGCAACGGCGUGAGCAACGGUAAUGGAAACGGAUCCCCCGUUGCUCCUUCCACCUCCUACGGCGCUCCCUUCUGAUCUGUCCGGCAGACCUUGCCUUCCUUUCUACUGAGUAUCUUGUGUCCAAAUAGGCAAAUAUAUUUAUGUACAAUUUACAAUAAAUAUGUAAAGGUAA